AUGGCUGAUGAGAAGAAAACACAGCAAGCAUCCAAGAAGGGCGCCAAGAAAAUCAUCAAGAAGGCGCCAGCGAAGGGCAAUAAGAAGAGGAAGCGGACCAGGAAGGAAAGUUACUCCAUCUACAUCUACAAAGUGAUGAAGCAGGUUCACCCCGACACCGGCAUCUCCUCCAAGGCCAUGAGCAUCAUGAACUCAUUCGUUAACGAUAUUUUCGAGCGCAUCGCGGGGGAGGCUUCCCGCCUGGCCCAUUACAACAAGCGCAGCACCAUCAGCUCCCGGGAGAUCCAGACCGCCGUGCGGCUGCUGCUGCCCGGGGAGCUGGCCAAGCACGCCGUGUCGGAGGGCACAAAGGCGGUGACCAAGUACACCAGCUCCAAGUGAAGGACCGCAUUGUACUGAAACAAACACAUCCACAACUUAAAGGCUCUUAUAAGAGCCACCCACCAUUUCCCUGA